AUGAACACAGGAAUUGCAAUCAUAUUAGUGAGUCUGCAGCUCAUCGUUCAGAGUGCAGCCACAGUCAAACUGGUAUGUUAUUUUACCAACUGGUCCCGGUACAGAACUGGUGUGGGGAAAUUCCUGCCAGAACACAUCGACCCUUUCCUUUGUACCCACCUGGUUUAUGCCUUUGCCAUCAUCAACCAUGCCAAUGAGAUCACUGAGUAUGAGUGGGAUGAGAAAAGCCUCUAUAAAUCAUUCACUGGGCUUAAGAACAGAAACCCCAGGCUGAAGACUCUACUGUCAGUCAGAGAAGAGAACCACAGAUCUCAGUUCUCCCUCAUGGCGUCCACUCCAGCCAGCCGUCAGACAUUCAUCCAGUCUACUGUCAAGGUCCUGAGGACUCAUGGGUUUGAUGGUCUGGAUCUGGACUGGGACUACCUUGGAGCUGGUGGAAGUCGUCAAGAGAACAAGCAGAGGUUCACUCUGCUCUGCAAGGAGAUUUCAGAAGCCUAUGAAGCUGAAAGUAAAGGAGUCAGUAACACACAACUGAUGCUCACUGCAGCCAUGGGAGCGCACACAGAUGACUUUGAUACAGGAGUCUCUGAGAUGUCAAAGUACCUGGACUUCAUCAGUGUUAAGACUUUUAACCUCCAUGAUGGUCAAGUUGGAGUGACAGCCCACCACAGUCCAGUCUACUCUGAAAACAACGCUAACAUUGAUUAUGUCAUGCAGUACUGGAUGGAGCGAGGAGCCCCAGCAGGGAAGUUGUUGCUUGGUUUUCCCACUCAUGCUUAUUCCUUCACACUCUUCACCACAGCAACAGGCCUGGGAGCCCCAGUCAGUGGCCCUGCUGUUCCCGGGCCCUACACUCAGCAGAUUGGCCUCUGGUCUUACUAUGAGACCUGCUCCUUCUUGAAAGGCACAUCGGUCCAGUGGAUUGAUGAUCAGAAAGUUCCCUACGCUGUCAAAGGCAACCAGUGGGUCGGCUUUGAUAACGACAGGAGCUAUGAUGCAAAGGUGGACUAUCUGAAGAGCAGGCAGCUGGGAGGAGCUGCUGUGUGGACACUUGAUAUGGAUGAUUUCUCUGGACAGUUCUGUGAACAGGGCAAAUAUCCACUCUUAUCACAUCUACAUAGUAAACUCAGUGAAGAUCUCCUCCAAUGUCACUCCCCCACCCACAACCUAAGAUCUUCAGACGCCAACCUACUGACCCCCAUCACCAGGACCAAGCACCGCACCGUUGGCGACACAACUUUCUCCACUGCUGCCCCAACCCUCUGGAACUCCCUCCCUACUCACAUCUACAAUUCAGACUCGCUCCACGCCUUGAAACAUCAACUCAAAACCACCUUUUCAAAAUAG